AUGAUGAGUUCUACAGAUACGUUCAAUGUUACAGGAGGUAUAAGUCUCAAGAUGGUCCGAGUGUCGGUGCCACAGUACACUCUGAGAGGAGACCCUGUGGAGUUGCUCUGUGAGUUUGAUCUUCAAGGAGACAGACUAUACUCUGUGUCCUGGUACAAGGACCAUGAUGAGUUCUACAGAUACGUUCCGAGAGGCAAUCCUCCCCAACACACGUACUAUAUAGACGGAAUAAAUGUCGAUCACCACAAGUCGGAUGCCCAGAAGGUAGUGAUAAGGAACGUGCCCCUGAGGUCCAGUGGUAUGUACAGAUGUGAAGUGUCUGCAGAAGCCCCAGCUUUCUCCUCUGUGCAUGGCGAGUCCAGGAUGAAUGUAGUAGCUCUGCCCCAGGACGGUCCUGAGAUCACAGGAGAAGAGCGCAACUAUCAAAUCGGAGACGAGAUCAACCUCAACUGUACUUCUGCCAAGUCAUUUCCUCCCGCUAGACUGCGCUGGUAUGUCAAUGACGAGCUGGUGGGGCCAGACUACGAGGCGGUGGUGCAGCAGCACGGGCUGAUGACUUCCACCGCAGGUCUGAGGUUCCAGGUGGGACCUGAACACUUCCACAAGGGCCGCCUCCAGGUCAGAUGUGUAGCGACCAUCUCCACCUCCACCGCCACCCCCACGGUCCCGGCACCCGCCCCCGUGCUACAACAUCAGCGUCUAUCCGCCUCCGGGCCUCCGCCAGCUCUGGACUACAACAGGGAGGCUCUGUUUUUCGUGAAAGGAGUCUCCAGCACUACAAGGUCGAGUGUGACAUUUCUGCUCAUGGUGACGUCAUUCUUUCUACUGGUCACGUGAUUAGAACUUGUUACGUAGCUUAUGUAAAUUGGUUCCCUUGUACUAAAUAAGUAAUGAUUGGUUUCAGCUAAAAUAUGCAAAAGCUAUCGAUCUAUUUAACUGGUUAACAUUUUACAAUGGCGAAUCUUAAAGACUUAAUAAAGCUGUAAAUAAUAACUGUAAAAUAUAUAAAUAUGUACUUGCUCUUAGCUUAGUUAGAGUAGAUUUAUAAGUGGUUUAUUGAGUCAAUGAUCUUGUAUAUAAAUAUUUUUUUUUGUACAAUGACAAAUUUCAUUGAAAGUACUAAGCAGCCCACUAUUGCUAUACUUUAAAAAACAUUAUUUAGUAGGAGGUACAGUAACAUUUUAAAACAUAAAGCAUUUUAAGUUCAUACAAAGCUUUGUAAAAUAUUUAAGACGUUCGGAUUCAAUAUGUUCAUUUUAAUGUCCCCAAACUAAUCUCCAAAGUCCGUUAAAUUUACUGUCAGUAAGUAUUACAAUCCUACUAUUAUUAAGGGACAAAAUAUCUAAUAUUAAAAACCAAGUAGGCUGCAACUAACUGCAUUGAAAAAAGUAUAAAUUCAAUCAUUGAAUAUUUAUGGCAUGAAUAUUAAAAAUUGUAAUAAUCAUUAAAUAUUUAAAUAAUCAAUGAAUGGGGGGAAAUUAUUGAAUAAAUAGUCUAAAUAAAAAUACUGUGUAUCCAAAAUCUAUAUUAAACUCAAAUAAUUUCAGUACUUCUGUGUUUUCUAAUUGUUUAUUAUACGUCUGGUAAAACUGCCAGCAUUACCUAUAUAACAAAUUAACAUUUCGUUGGGCAUAAUGAACUUUUAUA